AGAUCUGGCAACACUGAAACCGACUCGCAGACCGAGUUUGACCCGAUACAUCCACUGGUUGGAGGGACCUUCAAUGUCAUGUAGUGCCGUUAACUUGAUAGAAAUCUAAAUUAUUUGCUUAUUUACUCAGAUAAUCCGCUCGGGACAGCAGGCGUCGGCCACAAGGUGAGUCUUUAACGCUGCGUACUAGGUCUGGAUCUACCAUGGAGCCCAUAAUGAGUCAGAUUUGGUCGAGAGUCUGCCAGCGCCUCUACAGAACCUCAGUGAACCCCAGGAGGAGCCAUUCGGGGUGUGCUGAGCACGCCGCUGUUCCUGCCUCCACCAACUCCAGACAUACCAGGCCCACACUCCUGGUGUCUCGCCUCUACCAGCCUUCAAACCUGCGUGAUGUGGGGCAGGACAGUCGGUCGCAAGGAGAGAUGACUUGUAAGAGCCAAAGGCUCAUGCUGCAGGCCGGGCUCAUCCAUCCGUCCAACGCAGGUUGUUACUACUACCUGCCUGCCACCGUUCGCUCCAUGGAGAAGCUGAUGAGAAUCAUUGACGAAGAGAUGCAGGGGAUUGGUGGGCAGAAGCUGGACAUGCCCAGUUUAUGCUCAGCUGAACUCUGGAAAACCAGUGAGCGCUGGGAUUUGAUGGGAAAGGAGCUGCUCCGUCUGAAAGACCGCCAUGGGGUCAGCUACUGCUUGGCCCCCACACACGAGGAAGCAGUUACGACUCUGGUUGCGCACCAAACGACUCUCUCCUACAAACAGCUCCCUCUGCUUCUUUAUCAGAUCACACGCAAAUUCAGAGACGAACCGAAGCCAAAGUUCGGUCUUCUUCGAGGGAGGGAGUUCUACAUGAAGGACAUGUACUCAUUUGAUGUGAGCGAAGAAGCAGCUUACCAGACUUAUGAAGCCGUGUGCCACGCAUACACCAGGCUCUUCGCCCGUCUGGGUCUGCGCUGCAUUCAGGUGCAGGCAGACACGGGCAACAUAGGCGGAAAACUCUCCCACGAGUUCCAGCUGCCAGCAGACAUCGGUGAGGACAGGCUUCUGGUCUGUGGGAACUGCUCUUUCUCUGCCAAUGUAGAGACCAUGUCAUCAGACAGCACCGACUGCCCACAGUGCAAAACUGGCACACUGGUGGAGUCAAAGGGUAUAGAGGUGGGCCACACCUUUUACCUGGGUAAAAAGUACUCUGAUUUAUUCAAUGCCACCUUCAGCAAUGCCCAGAACAAGCCUAGUGUUGCAGAGAUGGGCUGCUUUGGUCUUGGGGUAACCCGUAUUCUCGCUGCAGCCAUUGAGGUGAUGUCGACAGAGGAGGCGAUCCGAUGGCCGGGGCUUCUCGCCCCUUACCAGGUGUGUGUUUUACCCCCAAAGAAGGGCAGUAAAAUUGACCAGGUGGCAGUCUUAGCUGAGGAACUGGUUCACACUUUGGGAGAGACUCUACCUGGUUUGAGAGGUGAAGUUGUUCUUGAUGACCGUACACAGAUGACAUUUGGAAAGAGGCUGAAGGACGCCAACAUACUGGGCUACCCAUAUGUUAUUGUAGUGGGACAGCGAGCUCUAGAGGAAACACCCAGGUUUGAGGUGAUCUGUCAGCAGACAGGUGAGACAAUGUUUCUCAGUCAGGAUGGACUGUUAGAUCUUCUGGGGAGAGUGGAAACUGUAUGAACUCUGAAUGUGGAAAUAAAUGUUUUAUUUUAUGUUUGUGUGUACUUUAUGAUGAGUAAAAUGUAAGUGAGGUGAUGGGAAAAGAAGAUAAAAGCCUUGUAUGUUUGUAAGUUAUAAACCCUACAAUGUACGUACGGUUUUACAUUUUUUAUGGCAUAAACUUACUGUCAAAACACAUGAUAUUGGACUUAAUUACUUUUGGUUUCCAUGGUGUAAUUCACAAAGUCACAAUUUUAGUUUCAUGUUCCCAUGCAAGUAAAAACAUAAACCCACAGAAGUGAACAUAAAUAAUGA